AUGAGAAUUAUAUUCAAUCAGUUGAAACAGCAUAGAUUUCUCGUCACAAUUGCAAUACAUUUGUGUUUACUAGAAAAAUCGAUUUUGCAAUGUAAUUGUGUUCACGGUUUCAGAAACAAUACGGAAAGCGCUGAGCUGGUUUCCCACUAUGAAUCGAGUCUCUCGCUGCCUGACAUAUUGCCAAUACCAUCGAAAACCUAUGACAAAAAUCGAGCACCUAAGCUGCUUGGCCAACCCACAGUCGUUUAUUUUCAUGUCACAGUGCUAUCACUCGAUUCCAUCAAUGAAGAGUCUAUGACCUAUGUGACGGACAUAUUUCUAGCACAAAGUUGGCGCGAUCCGCGCCUUCGCCUGCCCGAGAACAUGAGCGAACAAUAUCGCAUCCUGGAUGUGGAUUGGCUGCACAGUAUUUGGCGACCGGAUUGCUUCUUCAAGAAUGCCAAGAAGGUCACCUUCCACGAAAUGAGCAUACCCAACCACUAUCUAUGGCUCUACCAUGACAAAACUCUACUCUACAUGUCCAAACUGACUUUGGUACUGUCAUGUGCCAUGAAAUUUGAGUCCUAUCCGCACGACACACAAAUCUGUUCCAUGAUGAUCGAAAGCUUGUCCCACACGGUGGAAGAUUUGGUUUUCAUUUGGAAUAUGACGGAUCCACUAGUGGUUAAUGCUGAAAUUGAAUUGCCACAACUGGACAUAUCAAAUAAUUAUACCACAGACUGUACCAUAGAGUAUUCGACAGGUAACUUUACCUGCCUGGCCAUUGUGUUUAACUUGCGUCGCCGCCUGGGGUAUCAUUUGUUCCACACCUACAUACCGUCGGCCCUUAUUGUGGUAAUGUCUUGGAUCUCGUUUUGGAUUAAGCCCGAGGCUAUACCCGCCCGCGUUACUCUGGGAGUCACCUCCCUGCUGACCUUAGCCACGCAGAAUACACAAUCUCAACAAUCGCUGCCACCGGUCUCGUAUGUGAAGGCCAUCGAUGUCUGGAUGUCGUCCUGUUCGGUGUUUGUAUUUCUGUCCUUAAUGGAGUUCGCGGUAGUCAACAAUUAUAUGGGACCGGUAGCCACAAAGGCAAUGAAGGGCUACUCGGAUGAGAAUAUUCACGAUAUGGAUGGCUUGAAGCACCAUCGCGAGUCCAUAAUAGAGCCACAGUACGAUACUUUCUGCCAUGGCCAUGCCACCGCCAUCUAUAUAGAUAAGUUCUCGCGCUUCUUUUUCCCAUUUUCGUUUUUCAUACUUAACAUUGUCUAUUGGACGACGUUUCUAUGAUGGCAUGCCCCGUGGAGACAUCA